UGUGUACAUACAGCAAGUCGGAGUAGACUAGUAGAGAAAGCACUCGUCGACCCCGGUUGUUAAUCCGCAACUACCGUUUGCUUUGCUUAGACAGUAGACUUCUUCCUUUUCCAAAAUUUCCAACUCCCUGAAAUAAAACCUUUGUCUCACUAUUAACUCAACUUCUCUUCAUUUCUCUCUCUCUCUCUCUCCUUUUUCUCAAGAAUUAGAAGAAAUCCCAGAUACCCAAACAAGAGUUUAGCUUUUACUUCUCUUUCUAUAAAGAUAUUGGAUGUUCGUGGCUCGUUGAGAGUGUAAGAAGCUUGAGAUUGCUGGAUGCCAUUCUCAGUCAUGGACAAGAGGCAAGCAAAGGAUGUUGCAGAAUAUGGGAAGACCAAAUAUACUCUUAUUAAAGAUGUUGAAGAUCACCAACCCGGAAUAUAUGAGAAGCGUCUCCCUUGCUUUGGUUGUGGGUUAGGGUGGUUUUCUUUUCUUUUAGGUUUCCUUUUUCCUCCAAUGUGGUAUUAUGCAACAUUUCUCUAUUUUGGGAACUACUAUCGUAAAGAUCCGAGAGAACGAGCUGGUCUUGCUGCUUCUGCGAUAUUAGCUUUGGGUUGCUCUGUUGUGGCAUUAAUAGUUCUGCUCGUUCGGGUAUUCUUUUUUUCGUCAUCAACAACAAUGUAAAUACACAUCUGCCACUUGGCAACGGCCAUCAAAAAGAGGUGGUCACAGAAUAUAGAUGCAUACAUUUUGGUCCAGAUUGAUCAAAUUUUGGGAGAAAACCUCCCUUCAGAAAUGUUACAACAAAAACAAAUAAUUGCAUUAGGCCAUUGUAUAAUACUACUGUAAAGGUUAGAAAGAAAGCAAUAGAUGAGUUGUGUGGGUUUGAGAUAGUCAAUGACUUCCUUUGAUUUGUAUUUAUACACAUUUGAUGAAUAAAGUGAGAUGAUUGGAAGCGCCACCUGAGUGGUUUCUGAACUUGCA